UCAUUUACCCUCGUGGACUUUGUGCCAGCAACGCUACGAGCCAAGGCGAGGCGAGUGGCAGGGCAAGGCAAAGCAGAGCUUUGGCUGCAGGGUCCCAAGUCUCCCCCCGAACCUUUGCUCUUGACGCGCUCGGCGAUUAAAAGCACGCGGACUCCGAGAGCCACGCUCCGCAAGGCUUCAGCGGACCACCGCUCACGAUGACGGUCACAGCAGGAGGAGGAGGCGCCGGGGCGCUGCGCGAGUGCGCGCUCGAGCGCAAGCCGGGCAAGGGCUUCGGCUUCUUCCUGCGCCUUGAGAGUGGAGAGGAGGGCCACCUGAUCCGCGAGGUGGCCCCGGGCAGCCCGGCGCACAGCGCGGGACUGCAGGACGGUGACCGCGUGAUCCGCGUCAACGGCGAGCACGUGGAUGGCGGAGACCACGCCAAGGUGGUGGAUAUCAUCAAGAAGAGCGGCGACAAGGUGACGCUGGUCGUCCAGGAUGCCAAGUCCUACAAGGAGCAGCGCAUGGCGGCUACGAAGACGACGGCGGCCACUUCGGCCAAGGGACCCUCCUCGCAAGGGCCCCGCCCGCGACUCUGCACCCUGAAGCGCAUCAGCGACGGCUUCGGAUUCCACCUCAAGUCCAUUGAAGGCUCAGAGGGCAUAUCCAUCAUGGACGUGAAGUACGGCUCCCCGGCUGAGAAGGCUGGCCUGCGCUCCGAGGACCGGCUGGUGGCUCUGAACGGAGAGGACAUCACGGGCUUGGCUCGCGCCGUCGUCAUGGACAAGGUGAAACGCGGCGGCAAGACGGUGCACCUCCUCGUGGUGGACAAGGAGGCCAACGAGCACUUCAAGCGGACGGGCGAGCGGGUGACCGCCGAGAUGGUGGAACGCGCGUCCCUGCCCCACCAGCCCCGCUCCGUCAAGCUGAAGCGCGCUAGCGCCGGAUACGGCUUCUUCCUGCGCGCCGAGCGAGGACGCAUCGGCCACUUCAUCCGCGAGAUCGACGCCAAGAGCCCCGCCGACAAGAUGGGCCUCAAGGACGGAGAUCGCAUCGUGGCGGUGGGCAGUGACGCCGUGGACAAGCUCACGCACGAGGAGGUGGUGGAGCGUAUCCGCAAGGACGGCAGCAGCACCACGCUGCUCGUGCUGUCCGAGGCCGCCGACGCCUUCUACACCAUGCACGGCAUCAACCCCGUGGGCGGUGGAGGUCGAAGCGACGUCGGCGUCUCUGGCAAGGCGGCGUCCCCCGCGGACGCCCAGGACCUCCGCCCGCGCCUCCGCCACCUCAGCAAGGGCGCCGACGGCUUCGGUUUCCACCUCUACGGCAUUCGGGGCCAGCCGGGGCAGUACAUCAAGAAGGUGACGCCGGGAAGCCCGGCGGCGCUCGCCGACCUCCACGACGACGACAUGGUGGUGGAGGUGAACGGCCACAACGUGCAGGAGGCCACGCACGCCGACAUCGUCGCCAAGAUCCGCGACGGCGGCGCCAGCGUCGAGCUGCUGGUGGCGAGCCAGGCGUCCGUGCGCCACCACCGGCAGCUCGGCACGACCAUCACGCGCGCGCUGGCCGAGGGCGGCGAAGCGUCCCGGGACGAUGCGGCGGCUGCGGCGGUCGCGAUGGCCGCGGCGUCCGCGGCGGCCGACGCCGACAGCCCCGGGGAGCGGGCCGUCGCGGCGGCCGUGGCGGCCGUGGCGAGCUUGGCGGCCGCGCGCCUCGCCGUCGAGGGGGACGAGGUGGACGCGGGGAUGGCGGCCGCGGUCCUGGCGGCGGCGGCGACGGAGGCCGGAGACGACACCAACGACGCCCACGAGCGGGCGGCGGCCGCGGCCAUCGCGAGCAUCGCCGCCCUCGAGCUGGCCGAGCUCGACGAGGAGAGCUCCGAGUCGGAGGGCGACGACGACGAGGACAAGGCGGAGGAGGAGGAGCGGCAGAGGAAGGAGGACGCGGCGCAAGCGGCCGCGGUGGCGAGCAUCGCGGCCAUCGCCGCCGAGAAUCUGAUGGCCGAGAGCGGUGGCGGCAGCGACAGCGAGGAGGAGGAGAAGAAAGAGGAGGAGGUGAUCCGGGCCGUGGCGGUGGCGGCCGCCGCGGGAGUGGCCGCGGAGGUGCUGGCGCGGGGCGGGGAUGCGGACGAGGCCCGCGCCGCCGGGGAGGCGGUGGCGGCGGUGACGGUGGCCGUGGCGGAGGCGGCCAAAGAGAAAAGUGACGACGAGGGCGACUCCACCUCGGAAGACGGAGAUUCUUUCCUUUAAACUGAAUUUCGGGACGAUCCCAGUCCUUUCCCCUUUCGUGAUUGUCGAAUGGAUGUAAAAUAAUUCCAGUAUUGUCAAAAAAAUAUGUACAUAGUUACUCUGCAGACUUUAAUUUGUACGAUUUGUUUUUUUGCCGUCGUCCGAUUUGUAGAAUGAUGGCGAAAUUAGUUUUUAUUUUUUUAUUUUACACUCGAAUUAAAAUUAGCAAACCUGAUUUUUUUCCCAAUUGACGUUCGCGAAUGAUUUAUGCACGACACAAAAGUAACACGAAAUGACCCGUCAUCUUAAUUUCACUUAACGCCAUCUUUUUGAUUGCUCAUAUAUCACCUUCUGAAAGUCCAGAUUCAAAUGACAAGUGUGAAACAUUUUUAACAAAAAUUAUAAAAUAACGGAACGGUAAUCUGAACAUUUGCAUGCAGGAGCAGCAACUACAUUUACUUAAACUCGUUGUACCUUCUUCUUCUUCUUCUUGGUUCUUUCGGUAAAGUCACGUAGAAGGGAAAUAAUAAAAUUAUAAAAAUAAAACAUAAUAAAAUAAUUCUCACGACGUUUCGGCCACAACGCAAGCAACCGUCCUCAGGUGAAGAACAGGUGAAGAACAAGCGGCGAGUUCACACUCAUUUAUGUAGAUUCCCAAGCAGGGCGCUAACGAACCUUGGGUGUUGUCGGCUGCUCGUGAUAUCACACUCGCAGGAGAGAGAAACACAUUCCUGCGGAGGGAGCUGGUAGGAACGUUGGGUUGCUCGGUCAAUGGCCAGGGUCAACGGCGGCGUGGUGUUUUCCGCAAAUAUGGCCGACUGUGAGGGUGGGCACAAGCCGGCGUGAGUAGGUUCAACGUUGAGUUUUAUAAGGGCACCACGGAGUGACCAGCCCCUCCCCUCCCCACCCAGCCCUCCCCACCCUCCCCUCUCCACCCAGCCCCACCCCUCCCAUUUUUGGAUGCACGACGGACGGACACAAUAAUCCCCUGUGGGCUGGUGUAACCAGGAGGUUCCUACCAGUAAAAACAUACAUUGGGACUGGUAACAACAAAAACAAAAAUCCAACUCGGCCACAUCACGUCGACUGGUUGAGAAAAAUUAAACUAUGCAGGCUGGGAGCAAGACGAAUUGUGGGGAGGCCUUAAUCCAGCAGUGGAUAGACCAUGACCGAUGACCGGUGAUAUCCGUCAGCAGCGCAGCGGGGGAAAUCGAUGUAUAUUGAACGUAGAGGCGUGUCGGUGGGUGUAGUUUUUAAUUUUUGUAAGCGGCUCGCCAACAACGUUGCUUCUGCGUCGCACCAAAACGCGCCUUCGAAACAAACAAAAAAACCGCUAGCUCGGCGUGGCGAGCUUGCACACACGGGAUUUGGAAAAAAAGAACCGCGUGAAUAAGCAUCGUAAUAAAUACAUCUAUCGACGAA